UAUGGUAGUAUACCUGAGAAAACCAUCACCAUCUCUUUUUCUCUCUAGGUCUGCGGACAAGAUCCACUGCGUGUCUCUAUCUGUCACCGUGAGAGAUCCUACACACGCAACAACAAUGGCUACCGCCGCUUCCAACUCUCUCUUUCAAACCAAAUCCAUUCUUCCAACCCACCCUAUCUUGCCUUCAUCCACCACCCAAUGCUACUCCGUUCGAGGGUCCAGGCCCAAACCUAGGCCCAUCCAAUCCGUUCAAGCAGCCGACAACUCCGUCAAUGUAGUAACCGACGGCAAACAGCAGCAACCGAGGCACGAGGCCAAGUGGGCCGUGGACAGCUGGAAGUCCAAAAAGGCUCUCCAGCUCCCGGAAUACCCGAACCAAGAGAACCUCCGGGCGGUGCUCAAGAGCCUGGAAGCGUUCCCUCCCAUCGUCUUCGCCGGAGAGGCUCGCAACCUUGAGGAGCGCCUCGCCGCCGCCGCCGCGGGGAACGCGUUCCUACUACAGGGCGGAGACUGCGCCGAAAGCUUCAAGGAGUUUAAUGCCAACAACAUCCGCGACACCUUCAGAAUCCUCCUCCAGAUGAGUGUGGUUAUGAUGUUCGGUGGCCAGAUGCCCGUUAUUAAGGUGGGACGUAUGGCGGGUCAGUUCGCGAAACCGAGAUCGGAGCAGUUGGAGGAGAAGAACGGAGUGAAACUCCCCAGUUACAGAGGCGAUAACGUGAAUGGAGAUGCGUUCGAAGAGAAAGCCAGAAUUCCAGAUCCUGAAAGGAUGAUUAGAGCGUAUAGUCAAUCCGCUGCCACUCUGAAUCUUCUCAGGGCAUUCGCCACUGGAGGCUACGCCGCUAUGCAAAGGGUUGGUCAAUGGAAUUUGGACUUCACAGAGCACAGCGAACAAGGAGACAGGUACCUAGACUUUGCACACCGAGUGGAUGAGGCCCUUGGUUUCAUGGCUGCUGCAGGCCUCACGGUGGAGCAUCCUAUAAUGAAAACAACUGAGUUCUGGACUUCACAUGAAUGUCUGUUAUUGCCAUAUGAACAAUCACUCACCAGGUUGGAUUCAACUUCUGGUCUCUACUAUGACUGCUCCGCGCAUAUGCUUUGGGUUGGGGAACGGACUAGGCAGCUGGACGGUGCUCAUGUUGAGUUUCUAAGAGGAGUUGCCAAUCCUCUCGGAAUCAAGGUAAGUGAUAAGAUGGAUCCAAAUGAGCUUGUUAGACUGAUCAACAUUUUGAACCCCCAAAACAAACCCGGAAGAAUAACUGUGAUCACGAGGAUGGGAGCUGAAAAUAUGAGGGUCAAGCUUCCACAUCUGAUCAGGGCAGUACGCAGAGCUGGACAUACCGUAACUUGGGUCAGUGAUCCUAUGCAUGGAAACACCAUAAAGGCUCCGUGUGGACUCAAAACUCGCCCCUUUGAUGCAAUCAGGGCGGAGGUGAAAGCAUUCUUCGACGUGCAUGAACAGGAAGGAAGCCACCCAGGUGGGGUUCAUCUAGAGAUGACGGGUCAGAAUGUGACUGAGUGCAUUGGAGGGUCGAGAACUGUUACCUUUGAUGAUCUGGGUUCACGUUACCACACACACUGUGAUCCCAGGCUUAAUGCUUCGCAAUCUCUUGAGCUUGCUUUCAUAAUUUCUGAACGCCUCCGCAAGCGUAGGAUCGGAUCGGAUCGCGGCAGCAUCUUUUCUCUGUAGGAUUCAGUGCCUACAAACUGGCUUUGUACCUUUUUCCUUAAAUUCUAUUAUAUGGACCAACAAAAGUUGUCAGAAUAUAUAUCUAGGAGACUAAAGGAGAUAUAUAAUAGGUAUAUGUGGUCUCAAGGACUCAGAAAUAAGAGACAUCAAUAAGCGUGUAUCAAAAAACUAUCCCUAAACAUUACCAUUCAGAUACGAGGGAAUGACAAUGAUACAAUAGGGAAUGAAAUGAUACAAUGACACACUUUUGUAUUGUAAAAUAUUUAGGUGUGUACUCUUCAUAUAUAUCAAGCUUACUUCCUA